AUGGCGCCCAAACGCAAAAUGUCCGAGUCGAACGGCGGCAGUUCGCCUACCCAUGGCCAUAAUAGCAAACGAGGAAAGUCCGAUGAUCUACGACUACCACACCCCAACGCAAAACAAACUGAAGAGUUUGGCAUUGUCCUGCGCGACUUUUACCCACCGGAGAUGAGCAAUGACCGAUGCAAAGCCUACAAUGAUGGUACCAUUGAGCGACCAAUGGACACGUUGGAAAAGGCGUGCAAAGAAACGGCAGACAGGCGUCGAUCCAUCACGCCGGGCAAGGCGGUCGUCCAUUGGUUCAAGACCGAUUUACGUCUCCAGGAUAAUCGAGCACUCAGCACUGCCCUUCAAAUUGCCAAAGAGCACCAGAUUCCCUUGAUCACCGUCUACAUCGUGUCACCGGAAGACUUUGAGGCCCAUCUGACGAGUCCCGCCCGUGUUGACUUUACGUUACGAACGUUGAAACAGCUUCAACGAGAUUUGUCCGAGCUGGACAUUCCGCUCUAUGUCGAGACUCAGGAGAAGAGGAGGAAUAUCCCGGGUCGAAUCGUGGAAUUAUGUCAGAAGUGGGAGGCAAAGCACCUGUGUGCUAACCUGGAGUAUGAAGUGGAUGAGCUGCGCCGGGAUGCUAAAGUGGUCCGUCUAUGUGCCGAUCACGAUAUCAAUUUUACUCCGUCGCACGAUACCUGUGUCGUUACGCCCGGGAUGUUGAGUACAGGUGCAGGCAAGCAGUAUGCGGUCUAUACACCGUGGUUCCGCUCAUGGUUACGUUUCCUCAAGGAGAACCCAGACUAUCUCGAGUUGUCCGAAGACCCCGGCACCAACCCGGGGAAUGCCAGAAAGGACUUUGCGGACCUUUUCGACUGCAAGAUUCCGGAGACGCCUAGUAACAAAACACUAUCCGAUGAUGAAAUGAAACGAUUUGAGGAGCUCUAUCCAGCAGGCGAGCAUGAAGCUACACGGCGCUUGGAGAAGUUCUUGAAGGAGAAAUGUGGUGAUUACGAUACUAACCGGAGCAUGCUACCUGGAGAGAACACCUCCGUCCUUAGUCCCUACUUUGCAUGCGGAGCGUUGAGUGCUCGUACGGCCGUGGUGACGGCGAAGCAGGCCAACAAGAACCAUCUGGACCGGUACGACCAGGGCCAUAUGACAUGGAUCAGCGAGGUGGCCUGGCGUGAUUUUUAUCGUCAUGUACUUGUGCAUUGGCCGUUUAUCUGUAUGAAUAAGUGCUUCAAGCCCGAAGCCACCGACAUUGAAUGGGAAUACGAUAUGGAACAGUUCCAGGCCUGGUGCGACGGCAAGACCGGGUUCCCCAUUGUCGAUGCCGCGAUGCGACAGCUUAAACACUGUGCGUGGAUGCAUAAUCGCACGCGCAUGGUAGUCUCGUCAUUCUUGUCCAAGGACUUGAUGCUUGACUGGCGGCGAGGCGAGCGGUUCUUUAUGGAACAUCUGAUUGAUGGUGACUUUGCCUCCAACCACGGAGGCUGGGGAUUCGGGUCCAGUACUGGCGUGGACCCCCAGCCGUAUUUCCGCAUCUUCAACCCACUGCGACAAAGUGAGCGAUUCGAUCCCGAUGGAGAAUACAUUCGACGGUGGGUGCCGGAGCUGCGUGAUGUCAAGGGCAAUGCGAUCCACGAGCCGUACAGUCGGGGAGCCGGGGCGAUCGCGCAAAAGAAUGGGUACCCUAAGCCGAUCGUGGAGCAUGCCGCCAGUCGGGAUCGGGCGCUGGCUCGGUACAAGAGUGCGCUUCAGAAGUGA